UUAAAGCGUUGAUGAAAGACAGCGGCAGAGCAGCGCGAGCAGCGACCUGCCGACUGCUACAGCGGGACAGAGCGGCAGUUAAAUGUAAAACGACCGAUUUCACAGCGUUUCUAAAGCCCUAAAGCCCUGUUUCUAUCAUGAAUGAAUAGAUGACGAAGAAGAACCAGGGAAAGGAAGACUGGAGGUUUGCUUCUCUCAUCACGGGGUGCCGGUGAAAGAGGGGCAACAUUGGUCAAAAACAGUCGCGUCUGUCUGUCGUGAGAUGACAAAGUUUCAGUGAAGCUGCGGAUCAUGUCUCAGAAGAAGAUAUUCCUGGUCAUUGUGGCGAUCAGUACCGUCAGUCUACUGCUGCACCGUGGGGGCCACUUCAGCUGGACGAUGGAAGCCCUUCACCUGGGCUGUCCGUCGCUGCGCACCCACCCAUCCUUCUCUCUCAAGCCCAAACACACCAACGUGGCCUUUCUCAAGACGCACAAGACGGCCAGCACCACCAUGCAGAAUCUGCUCUUCCGCUUUGCCGAGCGUCACAACCUGACCGUGGCGCUCCCGGUGCAGGCCUGCGGACACCAGUUCUGCUACCCACGCACCUUCAGCACCCACCUCGUCCACCCGCACACCCUGCCACCCAACGUGGUCACCAGCCACAUGCGCUUCAACCGUGCCGAGAUGCAGCGCCUCAUGCCCAAUGAUACCAUUUACGUGACCAUACUUCGAGAACCAGGGUCCAUGUUUGAAUCGUUGUUCAGCUACUAUAACCAGUACUGUCAGAGUUUUAAGAGAGUUCCCAACGGGUCUCUGGAGGCGUUUCUGGAUGAGCCGUGGCGGUACUACCGUCCGGACGAGAAUGACUCCAUGUAUGCCCGUAACACUCUGACUUUUGACCUGGGUGGGGACAAGGACCGUCCAGAGGCGGACGUGGCUGCGUACGCCCGGGCCUUCGUGGCCGAGACGGAGCGCGUCUUCUCCCUGGUGAUGAUCGCUGAGUACUUUGACGAGUCGCUGGUUCUCCUCCGUCACCUCCUCUCCUGGGAUCUGGAAGACAUGCUCUAUGUCAAGCUCAACAUGCGGACGUCCGGCUCCAAGCACAGCCUCUCGCCAGGCCUCCCCGCCAAGAUCCGCGCCUGGAACGCCCUGGAUGCACGCCUCUACGACCACUUCAACGACUCGCUGUGGCGCCAGCUGGCAGCCCUGGGUCCAGCGUGCGUGGCCAGGGAUUUGCGGCUGCUCCGCAGGGCCCAGGAGAGGCUGGUGAGGGGCUGCUUCGGCGGACGGCUCCCCCAGCUCCGCUCGGCCGCCCAGAUCAAGAACAAGGAGCUGCGGCCGUGGCAGCCCAGCGCAAAGGUGGACAUCGUGGGCUACGACCUGCCGACCAACACCAACGCCACACGGCCCGGAAGCCUGGCCCACGAGCUGUGUCUGAAGCUCAUCAUGCCCGAGGUCCAGUACACUAGGGUCCUGCUACGAUCGCAGUCGCUACGCUACCGACGAAGCUACCCCCUCCGCUCCCCUCAGCCCCAGCAGCCCAUACGGUCGGUACUAUCACGCCACCAAUAUGUGGGGAUGCAGCAGAUGCACCGGCAGGCCCCUCCUCUAGGACCUGGUCCUGCCUCGAGCCCCACAGCAACCCCUCGACCCCCAAUGACCCAGAGCAGGGCCACCAAGGUGGGACUAAGGCCCUCGGGCCCCCAGAGGCAGACACCAUAACUUUAAACUUUAAUAUAGAAUGAAUACAGACAGACUGAAUACAGACAGACAAACAAACAAACAGACUAAAUACAGACAGAAUACAGACAGACUGAAUGCAGACAGACAGUCCUCCACACUCUUAAAAAUGCUGGGUUGUUUGGAUGAACCAACUGCUGGGUUGCAGGCAUUGGGUCACUUAGUUGUGUUGUUUUCUUU